CACCCCCGCCCCCGACAUCCCGGCCGAAUAAAGGAGCCGGGCCGAAAGAGGCGAGAGACCCCGCCCCCCUCGAGAAGAGAAGCUGCAGCCCCUGCAGGACAGGGGCCUGGGUCGCUAUGGGUUCCACAGCGGCUCCAGAGGGAGCGCUGGGCUAUGUCCGAGAGUUCACCCGCCACUCCUCCGACGUGCUUGGCAAUCUGAAUGAGCUGCGCCUGCGCGGGAUCCUCACUGACGUCACGCUGCUGGUUGGCGGGCAACCCCUAAGAGCCCACAAGGCAGUUCUUAUCGCCUGCAGUGGCUUCUUCUAUUCAAUUUUCCGGGGCCGAGCGGGAGUUGGGGUGGAUGUACUCUCUCUGCCUGGGGGACCAGAAGCCAGAGGCUUUGCACCUCUUCUGGACUUCAUGUACACUUCAAGGCUUCGCCUCUCUCCAGCCACUGCACCAGCUGUCCUAGCGGCUGCCACCUAUUUGCAGAUGGAACAUGUAGUCCAGGCAUGCCACCGUUUCAUCCAAGCCAGCUACGAACCUCUAGGCAUCUCCCUGCGACCCGUGGAGGCAGAACCCCCAGCCCCCCCAACAGUCCCUCCACCAGGCAGUCCCAGGCGCUCCGAAGGACACCCAGACCCACCUACUGAGUCUCGAAGCUGCAGUCAAGGCUCCCCAAGUCCAGCCAGCCCAGACCCCAAGGCCUGCAACUGGAAAAAGUACAAAUUUAUUGUGCUAAAUUCUCAGACCUCACAAGCAGGGAGCCUGGCUGGGGAGAGUUCUGGGCAACCUUGCCCCAAAGUCAGGCUCCCUAGUGGAGACGAAGCUUUCGGCGGCGGCGGCGGCGGCGGCAGCAGCGGCAGUGAAGAAGGACACACCCCUGGUCUCCAGAGCAGACUAUCUCUAGCUACUUCUACUGCACGACUCAAAUGUGGAGCUCCAGCAAAGAACCCCUACCUCUUCCCACCGGGGCCUCAUCUGUCAACUUCUAAGCAGGCUCAUCCACCACCAGGAAGUGAGUUUUUUGGCUGCCAGAACUGUGAGGCUUUGGCUGGGUGCUCGUCGGGGCUGGACCCCUUAGCACCGGGGGACGAAGACAAGCCCUAUAAAUGCCAACUGUGCCGAUCUGCCUUCCGCUAUAAGGGCAACCUGGCUAGUCACCGCACGGUGCACACAGGAGAAAAGCCCUACCGCUGCUCCGUCUGCGGAGCACGUUUCAACCGACCAGCUAACCUAAAAACGCACAGCCGCAUCCAUUCCGGAGAGAAACCGUACAAGUGUGAGACCUGUGGCUCGCGGUUCGUUCAGGUGGCGCACCUACGCGCGCACGUGCUGAUCCACACCGGAGAAAAGCCCUAUCCCUGUCCCACCUGUGGAACCCGUUUCCGCCAUCUACAGACCCUCAAAAGCCACGUUCGCAUCCACACGGGGGAGAAGCCGUACCACUGUGACCCCUGUGGCCUGCAUUUUCGGCACAAGAGUCAACUACGGCUGCACCUGCGUCAGAAACACGGGGCUGCUACCAACACCAAAGUGCGCUACCACAUCCUCGGGGGACCGUAGUUGAGUCCCCCACUGGCACCCCAACCCAGCACGCUCACAAGGGGGCUGUGAAAGUUUGUAGUAGGCUGAGUCUUGGCUUCCCUGACAGUCUUGAUAAUGGAGGUGUGCCAGACCACCCUGGUAUCAGAAACUUCGUUACUUAAUUUCAUUACUGAGGAGAGCAGGGGUGGCAGAUCCUGGCUUAGAUCUGCCUCUGUUUUGCUGGUCAAAACCUCUUCCUCACAAUCCAGAUUGGGUAGCUAGGGGGUAAGGGGGAGACGCAAGGGAUUCGCUCUCUUUAAGCGAACUGCGCCUCCCCCCCAUUUCAAAUGGUUUAUCUGUAAAUAUAAUUUAUUAAGGUCUGUGGGCGGCACCAGGGCCUUC